GUUAAAUUUCUUCACAAUAAGCAAUGGCAUUAUUUCUAUAUUUUCUUGCGCUGUAUUAUUUUCUGAUACCAUGCAGUGCAUCUUACGUAGGAUAUUCCUACAACAGGAUGGGUAUGAAGAUCAUUUUCCUGGACAUGGAGUUGGUCAAGGACGCCGAGAGGAAGAUCCAGAGCAUACAGAACUUGAAGAACUUCUACAGAAGUUCGCAUAACAACCAUCUUGGCACUUUAGUGUACGACAUAAGAUUCAAAUUCAAGCGAAUGGUGAGGUUGUAUCGUGUGGCGUUUGACAAAAUGAACAAGGAAGAUCAUAAUGAGCACGUCAUAAGGUUGAUGGAGGUGCGUCAACUAAGCAUGGAGAUCGAUCACCUAGUACAAGCGAUAGUCGAAGGCGAAACAAACUAUGCCAAGCGUAAGCAAGAAAGAAAUCGCAAACUAAAACGCGAAAUGGCAAAAACGUCGGACAAAACUACGACAAAGCAAGAGAACGACUCACUUCGUGUGGGCAGAGCCGCGUGGUACUUCCAAUCGCCUGAUCCUUGGAACCGACCGCGACCUAGGUAUUUGAGAACUCCGGUGCCGAAGAGAAACAUUCGGAGAUACGAUGACGCCUUACAUGUAGGCACGAAACAUCCCAUUGAUAGCGUGGAAUUGAACUAUUAACGUGUUAGGCGACAGCUGACGUUUACUGGCAGUGAUAAAACAAAAACUCGGAAGGUAUGGUGAUACCGUAUUUAGGAGCAUAAUAAUUAAUUUUAAACAUACGCAUUUCUUUCCGAAGCUGUAUACAGAGAUGCACCCCACUUUACGCCAAGUGUGUUCCGUCUAUCGGGCACAAAGUCCAGACUCAAAGAAGAAUCCAAAUAUCACUUUGCCCGACCCGGGAUUCGAACUCAAGACCUCAGAGAAUUGUCUUACUGCGCAUGCAGAACACCACCGAAGCAGACUAAUAAUGAUCUUUAACAACUGAUAUUUCUUAGAAACCUCGGGAAUCUAUGCGGCUUAUGGGUACGACCACCAUGUUAAAAUAAUAAUCACAGCAUUUACGUAAACAUUACAAAUUCCUAUUAAAAUGACGUCAAACACAAUGCCCUCCAUUUACUAUAGGACAGAGAACAUUGAGAAUUACCAACUCGAGGAUCAAGGUUUUGUUUUGAUUUAAUUUUUAUUGCUUUGAAUGACGAGACGAGCUUGUCGUUCGCCUGAUGAUA